CCGGGGUGGUGGAGAGCUGGGAGGUCGUAGUGUCUGACUGGCUGGCUCCGGCGUCUGGGCCGCGUAGGUGGGAUUAGCUGUCCCGGGCCGCAAGUUGCCCCUGUCCAGCUGGCCGUGGUGAUAUCAUGUUCCCCAGAGCCCGAGGACAGCGAGCCGGGCUUGCUUAGAGAAGACGCGGUCCCCCAGCACUUGGGCCGGAGGUGUCCCAGUCCGCUCCUCUGUCGCUGGAGAACGGCCGGGCUGAGUAGCUGGGAGAAGCAGGCCGGAGCCUUCUGGGGCCUUGGGCCCUGGGACCCGAGGAGGAUGAGCUGGCUCUUUCCCCUGACCAAGAGCGCCUCCUCCUCCGCAGCUGGGUCUCCCAGUGGCCUCACCAGCCUCCAACAGCAGAAGCAGCGCCUGAUCGAGUCCCUCCGGAACUCACACUCCAGUAUAGCUGAAAUACAGAAAGAUGUGGAAUACAGAUUGCCAUUCACUGUAAACAACCUGACAAUUAACAUUAAUAUAUUGCUUCCUCCACAAUUUCCUCAGGAAAAACCUGUGAUCAGUGUUUAUCCACCGAUAAGACAUCACUUAAUGGAUAAACAAGGAGUAUAUGUUACCUCUCCAUUAGUAAACAAUUUUACAAUGCACUCAGAUCUUGGAAAAAUUAUUCAGAGUCUACUGGAUGAGUUUUGGAAGAAUCCUCCAGUUUUAGCUCCUAGUUCAACAGCAUUUCCAUACCUUUAUAGUAACCCAGGUGGGAUGCCUCCUUAUGCUUCUCAAGGUUUUCCAUUUCUUCCUCCAUAUCCCUCACAAGAAGCCAACAGGAAUGUAACUUCUUUAUCUGUUGCUGACACUGUUUCUUCUUCAACAACAAGUUAUACCACAGCCAAACCCGCUGCUCCUUCAUUUGGUGUCCUUUCAAAUCUGCCAUUACCUGUUCCCACAACAGACACUUCAGUACCGAUAAGCCAGAAUGGUUUUGGUUACAAGAUGCCAGAUGUCCCUGAUGCAUUUCCAGAACUCUCAGAACUAAGUGUGUCACAACUCACAGAUAUGAAUGAACAAGAAGAGAUUUUACUAGAACAGUUUCUGACUUUGCCUCAACUGAAACAAAUUAUUACUGACAAGGAUGACUUAGUAAAAAGUAUUGAGGAACUAGCAAGAAAAAAUCUCCUUUUGGAACCCAGUUUGGAAGCUAAAAGGCAAACUGUUUUAGAUAAGUAUGAAUUACUAACACAAAUGAAAGCUACUUUUGAGAAGAAGAUGCAAAGGCAGCAUGAACUUAGUGAGAGCUGUAGUGCAAGUGCCCUACAGGCAAGAUUGAAAGUAGCUGCACAUGAAGCCGAGGAAGAAUCUGAUCAUAUUGCUGAAGAUUUCUUGGAGGGAAAAACUGAAGUAGAUGAUUUUCUCAGUAGCUUCAUGGAAAAGAGAACAAUUUGCCACUGUAGAAGAGCCAAGGAAGAGAAACUUCAACAGGCAAUAGCAAUGCACAGUCAAUUUCAUGCUCCACUAUAGAUUUUUUUGAAAAUAUGAACUGCCGAGAGAAGGAAUGGGACACAAAACUAAGCACAUUGUUUUAUAUUUCUGUUUUGCAAAUUGGCAUUUCAUCACAGUGGCUGAAUUCUUGGAUACACUAUAUAGAUUGUAUACAGAACUGAGACUGAUUUUGUACAGAUUAGAAUGAUUGCUAUGAUCUUUGCUUUAAGAAAUUUUUCUGCACUAUUUGCACUAAAAAUGUUUAUUUAUUGUUGAUAAAUCCUAUCAUAUUUAAGUUCCA